AUGCAUCAAUUCCAAGAGAAUGAUGCCGUGAAGGCGUAUUCCGGUGGGGGGAUUGAGAAACUCGCAGACAUCCGCACAACCAUACAGCCUGUCUCGAGCGGUUCCAGUGACACCUCGUGCUCUGAUGACUCCCAGCAACUGCAACAAGCAGUCGCGUACUGGAAGGACAUUUUGGCCGAUGGUCAAUAUGUCUCUUACCCUUCACCACCGACUUCGACCCAGCAGCAAACCUCGUUGUUUGGGUUGGCACCUCAUGGAGUUGGUGCCACGCAGCACUUACAGCUACCUGUCCCCAAACACUCCAAUAUCCCCUCUACCACUCUCAUGCGAGCGGCAUGGGCGCUCGUCGCUGGCCGAAUGACAGACUCGGAGUCUGUGGUGUUCGGUACCAACAUCCUCGAUGAGCCUAUCAUCUCAGUCGUGCCCUUUCGCGCACGCAUUCACGGCCACACUGUCUCGACCUUGAUCGAGUCGGUACAGAAGCAGGAAGAAGAGGUGAUAGCCUCACCUCAUCAAAUGACUCUUCUGUUUUCCGGCAUGGAACAGGCUUCUUCUCUGUUCCAAACUCUCCUAUUGACACCGAUGGGUGACGACGAGUACUCCAGCAGUCCUCAUGACAGCGGCUGUCGAACCCCAGAACCUUGCGGAUUUGGCCUUGUUCUUGAGAUUGCACACACUCAAGACAGGGCAGCUCUUAAAGCGACGGCUCGUUACAGCUCUGAUACUCUUCGAGCUUUUGAGGUCAAGAGGUUACUUCACAGGUUUGCAUCUGUCAUGACACAACUCGACAUCGCAAAGCCCAACCAAAGUGUCGACGGCAUCAACUUCAUGACAGAGCAAGACCUUCUAGACAUCUGGACCUGGAACUCCAAGGCCCCCACUGCCAUUGAUGGCUUCAUUCACGACAUUGUCAAGGAAAUGGCCUUGAUCCAGCCGUCUUCUACUGCCGUCUAUGCUUGGGACGGCGAGUUCACCUACGCCGAGAUCGACAAGCUUUCUAACCGCUUGGCUGUGACUCUUAUCACUGGCUACGGUGUUCAGCCAGGGACACCCAUUGCGCUGUGCUUUGAAAAGUCCAAGUGGAUGGCUGUUUCGAUGCUGGGAGUUCUCAAAGCUGGAGCGUACUUUGUCAUGCUCGAUGCUGCGUCUGCACCUGAACAGCGGUUACGGACCAUGGUGAAACAGGUACAGGCGAAGCUGGUUAUCAGCUCUUCUCUGAACCAAACCCUGAGCUCUCGACUCUGUGCCGCUGUGGUUACUCUUGAUUCCCAAACCCUUCGAGGAUUCAAAUACAAUGAUGAUGAGAUCGACCAACUUUUGCAUCAGCAACUUCUUACAUCUUCUUCCAACGCGCUUGCUCAUGUGAUAUUCACCUCCGGCAGCACAGGCACCCCAAAGGCCAUCCCAACUACCCACCAGAGCAUCCGUUCAGCCCUCCACCACCAAGUGGCAGCCAUCCAUCUCAACACCAAAUCACGAGUAUACGACUUUUCCUCGUACAGUUUCGACGCUGCCAUAUUCAACAUAUGGACCACCUUCUACGCUGGAGGAUGUCUCUGCGUUCCAAGCGAGGCAGACCGCAAGGAUGACCUUGUUGGCAGCUUUCAGAGACUGGGUGCCAACUACGUGACCAUGACACCUUCUGCUGCCCAGCUGCUUGCGUCGGCACCAAAUAAGAUUCCUCAGUUGGAGACCAUCAUGCUAGUUGGAGAGCGUCUUACAAUUCAAGAUGUGUUGCCUUGGUGGGAUCGUGUUCGCCUCAUCAACUCGUAUGGUCCUUGCGAGUGUACUCCUCUGGGCACUUCCAACUUGAACCCAUCAAGUCCUGCCGAUCUUCUCGAUAUUGGAGUGGGAUUGGGUCAAGUCACCUGGAUUGUCGAUCCUGAUGAUCAUAACCGCCUUGUCCCUCCUGGCUUGGUUGGUGAGCUUGUUCUCGAGGGUCCGUCCGUGAGCCAGGGUUAUCUCAACGACCCAGAGAGAACAGCAGCUGUUUUCGUCAAGGACCCUGCCUGGCUGGUUGAGAGAGGCCGUCAUGGAAGAGUCUACAAGACAGGAGACUUGGUCCAAUACUCCGACGAAGAAGGCCGCUUGAAGUACAUCGGCCGAAAGGACGCUCAAGUCAAGAUCCGCGGACAGCGUGUCGAGCUUGGCGAAGUCGAGCAUCGAGUACAGCAGUGUAUGCCAGACAUGAGUCAGGCAGUCGUCGAGAUGAUCACACCCAAGGGCGCGAACAAAUAUUCGAGUGCCAUGCUUGCGGCGUUUCUGGUUCACUCUCGUGGUAGCGGAAAGGAGGUUUUUGAACCUCGCGUGGCCCAGUCCAUGCCCCAGAUUUACGCUGUCUCCGAGGAGGUACAAGCUGCCUUGAGCAAGGCUCUUCCAAGUUACAUGGUGCCUAGUGUCUUCUUCUCUGUGCGGGAACUUCCAAAGGCUGCUUCGUCAGCAAAGCUAGACCGAAAGGAGAUACGAAAGAUGGGUUCCUCGUUUUCUGUCAAGCAACUUGCUGACCUGAGAACGAGCUCCCAAGGGCCCAAGAGACAGCCCAAGCCGUAUUCAGUCGAGUACAACUUGCAAGGCAUCUGGGCCGGCGUGCUGAACAUGUCAAGAUCCGAUAUUGGCUUGGACGAUAGCUUCUUCCAACUGGGAGGUGACUCCAUCUCUGCCAUGAAAGUCGUGCGGGAUGCUCGUGAGCAGCUAGAGGUGGAGUUGAGCGUCACAGAAAUCUUGCAGCAUCCUCGAUUGAGCGAGGCUGCUGGUAUUGUUGCUCAGGGUAACACGGCCUUCAAGACCGACACAGAAGCUCCUGAAGCUUUUUCUUUGCUUCCAGGAAAUAGCAAGCGUGAAGCCAUCGCCUCAGCUUUGAGGGCCCACGGCGUCCAGCCCUCCUCUGUGGAAGAUGCUUUCCCCUGCACGUCGCUCCAAGAGGGCCUCGUCUUCCUAUCCCUCAAGAGCCCCGGAGACUACAUCAUGCAGACAACUCUGGAUCUCUCCGCUUCCCCUUACUCAAACGUCCACAAGUUCCGUCAGGCUUGGGAGCAUGUGGUGGCGGAGCAUCCUGCCUUGCGAACUCGCUUCGUACACAACGACGGCGACACUGGACUUGCUCAGGUUGUCCUUCGACCCGAGGCUUUUACCUGGAACGAGGUCGUCGACUCGUCUGUGAACGAAUAUCUUGAGGCAGACCGACGGCAGCCAAUGAACUUGGGACAGGCCUUCGCCCGCUUUGCUCUUGUUCACGACAAGGGCUAUCCUCGAUGGUUCGUCUGGACGAUGCACCACGCUCUCUACGAUGGUUGGAGCAUUCGGCUUAUUAUGGACGCAUUCCAACGGGCCUACCGGACUCUGGAAGCGGGAAGCAGUUUGGUGAGAAGAACGACAAAGGCGUCGUAUCCCGCCUUCAUCAAGUAUAUCCUCGACCAAAGCGUCUCUGUAGAUGGUGCCAUGGCCAAGUACUGGCAAAAGACGCUCUCCGAUUGUGAAACUGCCCAGUUCCCGGCAGUUCCUCUUCAUGUCCAGAACCAAGCGGCCGACCAUUCCAAGAUCAACACGCUCUUUCAGGAUCUGCCAUCCAUGACGGGAAACCAAGACUUGAGAAACGCAACUCCUUCCACCCUCAUCCGCGCUGCUUGGGCCCUUGUAGUAGGGAGCAUGACCAACUCGGACGAUGUGGUCUUUGGAGUCACUGUCUCAGGCAGAAAUGCUCCUGUUGCCGCCAUCGAUGAGGCCCCUGGUCCUACCAUGGCUACUGUUCCUUUCAGAUCGAGGCUGGGAAAGAACAUGCUGGUCGGAGACUAUCUACGGUUUGUUCAGCAGCAAGCUAUAGACAUGAUACCCUUCGAGCAGAUGGGCUUACCGCGUAUUGCCAAGCUGUCUACCGACUGUGAACACGCCUGUCGCUUCCAGACACUACUGGUAGUUCAGCCAGAGGAGACAGCCGGCAUUCUCUCCGAAUUUGACGACGAGCACGGAGGUCCUGAGAGAUGGUUCAACAGCACCUACGCCCUCCUCCUCGAAGUUCAACUUGGCAAUAAAAAGGCAAACACCAGCGGCACCGUCAAGGCUCGCUUCGACUCGAGGAUCAUCCAGGCAAACACCGUCAAGAGCCUCCUGGAGCGCCUUGUCUUUGUCAUCCAUCAGCUCAGCAGCGCUGAUAACAUGGCUAGCGUCCUCUCCGACAUCGACGUUGUGACGCCAGCCGACCUUGAGCAGAUCUGGCAGUGGAACAAGAGCGUCCCUGCGGCCAUUGAUCGAAACGUGCACGACAUGGUCCUUGAGCGUGCUCUGUCUCAGCCAAACAGACCAGCCGUGCAUGCUUGGGAUGGCGAGUUUACAUACAGAGAGCUUACUCGCCUCUCGUCGACCCUGGCUAGACGGCUCAUCAACCAGUACGGAGUCUCACCUGGCGACAUUGUUGGCCUUUGCUUCGAAAAGUCAAAGUGGACGUCUGCCGCUAUUCUGGCCGUGCUUCAAACUGGAGCCGGAUUCGCCAUGUUGGAUCCUUUCCUCCCCGAGACGCGUCUCCAGGCCAUCGUUGACCAGGUCAAUGCUCGCGUGGUGGUGUCUUCGCAGAAGCAGAGAGACUUGAGUCUUCAGCUAGGCUGUGAUAAAGUCCUUCAUCUCACUCCCGAUCUGUUCAGCAAGCCUGAGAAGACCUUGGUAAAUGUCAAGACCGAUCCUUCAUCACCCGUCUAUAUCAUCUUUACGUCCGGCAGCACAGGAACCCCCAAGGGUUCGGUCAUCAGCCACCGCAGCCUUGCCUCGUCGCUUGUCCACCAACGCGAAGGUUGUGGCUUCAACAAAACGUCAAGAGUUUACGACUUCUCCUCUUAUGGCUUCGACGCUCCGCUAUUCUUGGCAUUUCAGACAUUCUCUGCGGGUGGCUGCCUCUGUGUACCCAGUGACGAGGACCGCAAGAGCCGUCUUGCCGAAAGCUUGCGAGAACUCAAGGCCACUUUUGCGCUCAUCCCGCCGUCGGCUUCUCAGCUCGUGUCUCCGGAGCAGGUACCGGAUCUGAAGACACUCAUGGUGGGAGGAGAGGCUUCAACGGUCAAGGACCUUGAGCGAUGGUCAUCGAGCAAUGUCUUGCUCAUCAACGCCUACGGACCGUGUGAGUGUACGGCGGUCAGCAUGAUCAACCCUACCCAUACGUCCAAAAUGAACGUCAGAAAGGCCCUUGGCAUUGGAAAGGGGUUUGGUCAGGUGACGUGGGUGGUUGAUCCUCAAGAUCACAACCGUCUUGCCUCCCCCGGUGCUGUGGGAGAGCUCUUGCUUGAGGGUCCUUACAUCAGUCAAGGGUACUUGAACAACGAGCAAAAGACCAGGGAAGCCUAUAUUGAAGACCCUACCUGGCUGCUGCAGGGCACAAUUGCGGUACCUGGUCGACGUGGCAGGCUCUACAAGACAGGUGAUCUGGUCCAGUACUCUGAAGAUGGAGACGGCAGCUUGAUGUUUGUUGGUCGAAAGGCUGAUGACGCUCAAGUCAAGAUCCGAGGUCAGAGAGCUGAACUUGGAGAGAUCGAACUGCGUGUUCAGCAAGCGCUCAAGCAUGACAAGACUGUUCAAGAAGUCGUUGUCGAUGUCAUUGUUCCUCAUGGCGAAGGUUCGCGCCCCAUGCUUGUCGCGUUUCUCAAGACGACAGAUGCGGAGGACUCUUCUGCACCGGGCCUCUAUCGUGUCUCUCCUUCUUUUGAAGAUGAGCUUGCACAAUCUCUGCCAAGCUACAUGAUCCCCGAGGCCUUCUUCAAACUCGACCAGAUUCCCCAAACCGCCACCGGAAAGUUGCACAGAAUGAGACUGCGCGCCAUGGGAGCGUCCUACUCCCUUCGACAGUUGGCCGAUCUCAGAACCGAGGCCACGCAAGGCCCCAAGCCGCAGCCGACUUCUGAGCUUGAGGCUGAGAUGCAGCAGAUCUGGGCUCGCGUUCUUUCUUUUGAGCCGCAGCACAUUGGACUUGACGAUAGCUUCUUCCGAUUGGGAGGCGACUCUAUCGCGGCUAUGAAGGCUGUAGGAGAAGCGACCAAGGCGUCCAUUAGAGUCACUGUUGCCGACUUCUUCGAGCAUCGCACGCUUCGAAACAUUUGCAGUCGCAGCUAUUACUGCUCUGAGAUGGCUGCUGAGUCUCUGUCUACUGCUGCCGAGCCGUUCUUUCUUCUCGCCCAGAACAGCACCGACACUCGUGAGAUGCUCGUUCACGGUCUGGCUGCCCAGCUCGGAACAACCGCAUCCAGGAUCCAGGACGCCUAUCCUUGCACCCCGCUACAAGAAGGACUUGUCUCCCUGGCUUCCAAGAGAACAGGGGACUACAUCAUGCAGCAGGUGUUGAGACUAUCGCCUGACAUGCUCAACAACAUCGAUACCUUCAAGGACGCCUGGUAUAAGGCUGUUCGCGCUGUGCCCGUCCUCCGCACGCGAAUUGUCCAGCACGAAAAGCUUGGUCUUCUUCAAGUCCUUCUCGACGAUGGAGAGGAACGGAUUGAGUGGAUAGAGGCCAUGGGUCUCGACUGGUACCUCAAGUCCGACAGGCAAAAGCCCAUGGGUCUUGGUCAGCCUCUUGCUCGAUAUGCUCUUGUUAGAGAUAGGACUGGAAGACCCAAGUGGUUUGUCUGGACCGUUCAUCACGCUCUCUACGAUGGCCUGUCGCUUCCCAUGUUUCUCGAAGAAGUCGAUCGCGCCAUUCAGGGCCUGUCGGUGGGAGAGACACGUCCUCAGGCUCAGAGCUUCAUUAAGUACAUCCAACAGCAUGACUCGACUGAAAUGAAAUCAUACUGGCAAGCCGCGCUCAAGGACAGCGAGGAGUGUGUCUCCUAUCCCAGCCUUCCUUCAGGUCUCGAGCAGCCAAUCGUGUCCAACAACCUCAUCGAGCACCAAAUCUCACGCGCUUGGGGAUCUUCUUCGAGCAACGAGACAACCGUAUCGACGAUGCUUCGUGCGGCAUGGGGUCUUGUGACAAGCCAGAUGACGGGCUCAGAUGAUGUUGUAUUCGGUGCCACUGUAUCUGGACGAAACGCUCCUGUGGUCGGUAUUGACUCAAUGGCCUUCCCGACGAUUGCAACUGUGCCAUUGAGGCUGAAGCUCAAUCGCAAGGAUCAACGUGUCGUUGAUUAUCUCGACCAAGUUCAACGACAAGCCACGGAGAUGAUUCCGUACGAGCAAGCUGGGCUGCAGCGAAUCGCGCAGCUUGUAUCUCCCGAUGCCCGACAAGCAUGCGCCUUCCAGACUCUCCUCGUUGUCCAGCCCAAGUCCAAGAUCGAGAGCACCAAGACGUCUCAACUUGGAGAGUGGACGACUCCCGACCAGACUGUGUGGUUUACUACAUAUCCUCUGACGAUCGAGGCUACCGUGUCACCCAGUCAGAUUGGCAUUGACGCCCGGUUUGACUCUCGUGUCGUUGAGCCUUGGGUGGCCAAGGGCCUGCUUGAGAGACUGGACUUUGUCAUGCAGCAGCUUGGUCAGGCAGGACCAGAUACUGGCAUGUCGGAUAUCGGAAUCAUGACACCCGGGGACCUGCAACAGAUCUGGCAAUGGAAUAAGAAGGUUCCCGACUCUGUUGAGAGGUCAAUCCACUCUGUCAUCGAGGAACAGGCACGGCUCCGACCAGAAGCUGCUGCCAUCUGCGCCUGGGAUGGAAAUCUCACUUAUGCUGAGCUCGACAGGCUUUCCAACCUUCUUGCCUCCCGCCUGCUCUCUCUGACUGGAGGCAAGAGUCUGAAGGAGAUGUUUGUGCCCCUGUGCUUCGACAAGUCCAUGUGGACUCCUGUUGCCAUGCUGGGAGUACUCAAGACAGGCGCAGGCUUUGUCCUGCUCGACUCAGCACUUCCAGAGCAGCGCCUAAAGCACAUUGUCGAAAAGAUCGGCGCAGGCCAGCUGAUGCUUUCAUCUGACUCUUGUUCUUCCUUGAGCGGUCGCAUAUCCCAGGGAGUUAUCACCAUAAACUCGGACUUCUUCAAGUCGGCAACCCAAACCAUCGCACGGAUCCCUGUUGUUUCUGAUGAUUCAGCUGCCUAUGUCAUCUUUACUUCUGGCAGCACGGGAACACCCAAGGGCGUCGUCAUCACUCAUCGAAACCUUGCCUCGGCUCUGCCCUGCCACGUCAAGCGUCUAGGAUACACUCCUGACUCUCGGGUCUACGAGUUUGCAUCCUACAGUUUCGGAGCAUCGCUCAACAAUACGUUUGCAGCUCUGACGACGGGUUCUUGUCUGUGUAUCCCCAGCGAUCAUGAGAGGAGGAGUCAGUUGGACCGUAGCUUGGUCUCGAUGAAGGCUACGCACGUCCUUCUCACUCCUUCGGUAGCCGAGUCUCUUUCUCCUCGCAGCGUCUCUGGUAUCAAGUCCAUCAUUUUUGGCGGCGAAGCCGUUAGGGGUCAGGAUGUCGGACCUUGGUGGGAGGCUGGCGUCAAGGUGUGCACUGCCUAUGGCUCUAGCGAGUGCACAACCAUCAGCACCAUCAACGACACUGCUUCGACUCCGGAUGAAGCUACUCGCAUUGGUUGGGGCGUGGGACUUGUUCCUUGGGUCGUGGAUCCUUCUGAUCAUGAGAAGCUUCUCCCGCCGGGAUGCAUUGGAGAACUUUUGCUGGAGGGCCCUGCCGUCGGGCGCGGAUACCUCGCAGACCCUGAGAAGACGGCCGACGCCUUUAUCCAGAGUCCUUCCUGGUUGAUCCAGGGUACCUCUACUGCUAAAAAUGACAGCCACUUGGAGAAAGGUAGGUCUGGUCGCCUCUACAAGACAGGCGAUCUCGUCCGCUACAACGAGGAUGGAAGUCUCUCAUUCUUCGGUCGCAAGGACUCCCAAGUCAAGAUCCGCGGGCAGAGAGUCGAACUCGGAGAGGUUGAGCACAGAGUCAGGGAGUGUGUCUCUGAAGCCGCUCAAGUCGUCGUCGAGGCCAUCAUCCCGACUGAAAGUGACAGCACGCAUCAAACACUGGCUGCGUUCCUUGUGAUGAAGGAAGAGAACCAGAAGCCAGAGAACUACGAUGACAAGCCGAUGAUUAUCCCAGUCUCCGCCAAGGUUGAAGACAUGUUGAGCCAGAAUCUUCCCGUUUACAUGGUCCCCACCGUCUUCUUCUCCAUGAAGAAACUUCCCAUGACAGCGACCGGCAAGAUGAACCGCAGGAUCCUCCGUCAGAUUGGCAGUUCCUUUUCGGCGAAGCAACUUGCCGCAGCACGAAAGGCUCGAGAACAAGGGACAUCGUCACAAGAGCAGCCGUCGACAAACGCUCAACGCGAGCUUCAACAAAUUUGGUCCAGGAUCCUCGACUUGCCGAUUGAUCUCAUUGGCCCUGAUGACGGCUUCUUUAGCCUUGGCGGUGACUCUGUUUCUGCGAUGAAGGUGGUCGGCGAGGCUCGAAAGGCUGGUAUUGAGCUGGCCGUUGCCGACAUUUUUACUCAUCGCACGCUGAGAUUGAUCACCGACAACUCCAAGUCAAUCAAGCGUGAGGGAGAGGAGACAAUUGACAACAUAAUCCCUCCUUUCUCUCUUGUUGGCAACGAAAUCGACAUUGAGGCUCUCCGCCAGAAUAUCUCAAUCCAAUGUAAGAUUGACACCUCAAAGGUCCAAGACGCCUACCCUUGCACGCCACUUCAAGAAGGUCUCAUUUCUCUCGCCUCGAAGCGACCCGGAGACUACGUCAUGCAAGCUGUUCUUGAGCUGUCUUCCGAGGUGUCCAUCGCCAAGUUCCAAGCAGCUUGGGAGGAGACCGUCAAGACUAUUGGCGUGCUGCGUACACGGAUUGUUCACUGCCAAGGCUACGAGACGCUUGGACUCUUGCAAGUCAUUUUGGACAGCUCAAUCAACUGGGUCAAGGCAACCGGACUCGAGUCAUACCUUCAGGCCGAUCGCAAACAGGUCAUGGGCCUGAACGACCCUCUCGCCAGGUGGUUUGUUUGGACCGUUCAUCACGCCCUCUACGAUGGAUGGUCGCUGCCUCUAGUCCUGGACACAGUCGCAAAGGCCUACAAGGGCAAGACAGGCGCCGACUCCCAACCUUUGACUGCGGCGCCUGGCUUUCAGCCGUUCAUCAAGUACCUUGAAGAGCAACAGCGAAAUUCGGAAGGAGUCAAGAAGACCGAAGACUAUUGGAAGCGAUACUUUGACUCUUGCGAAGCCACUCAAUUCCCUACCCUUCCUUCGCCCAGCUACGAGCCGACCUCCAACAAGACAACUCUUUACCGAAUGAAGAUCAACCCUCCUUCGCCCUCGAUAUCCCUGGAUCUCACCCCAUCAACGCUCAUCCGAGCAGCUUGGGCCUUGGUCGUCGGACAAAUGACAAAUACGUCCGACGUCAUCUUUGGCAUGACUGUCUCCGGACGAAACGCGCCUGUUCAAAACAUUGAGGCUAUGCCGGCUCCGACUAUGGCUACGAUUCCACUGCGAGUCAAGUGGACUUCUGGCCAGACAGUCUCGGGUUACUUGGAGACGGUGCAGCGUGAGGCCACCGAGAUGAUCGCCUUUGAACAGACGGGUCUGCACCGCAUCGCCAAGAUGUCGUCCGAUGCUCGACAGGCUUGCCAGUUCCAGACCCUUCUCGUCAUUCAGUCCCAGAGUCACGAUGAAGAUAGUACCGAAAGCCUCGUGCAGAGCGAGCUCGGUCCCUCUCCGUUUGGCGAGUGGGUGAACCAGGACCAGAACGAAUGGUUUAACCCCUAUGCUCUCAUGAUUGAGGUUCAGCCAGGAGCUCAAGGCGACAGCUUCACACUCACUGCCAACUAUGAUGAAAAGAUGAUCCAAGAGUGGAUUAUCGUGAAGCUUCUUAAGCGACUUGAGUUGGUGAUCCAGGCCUUCAUGGCCGAGUCUGCCAGACAGGGUCAGAUGGUGUCCAAGACCAUUGAUGAACUCAGAAGCUCCAUCAUGACUGAGGACGACCUGGAGCAGAUUUGGACCUGGAAUCAAUCCACCCCAGAAGCAGUCGACAAGUACGUCCACGAAAUCGUCGAAGAACGAGUCCGCGAGCAACCCAACGCUCCUGCCGUCCACGCCUGGGACGGUCAGCUCACCUACAAGGAGCUCGAUGAACUCGCAGAGAAGAUGGCCGUGCAGCUUCUCAGCAGUAUCAACUUGGGAGCUCAACAGUCAAGCCCCAAGGUGAUCCCACUCUGCUUCACCAAGUCCAUGUGGACUUCGGUUGCCAUGUAUGGUGUUCUGAAAGCCGGAGGUGCCUUUGUUCUCCUUGAUCCGAUGGUUCCCGAGCAGAGACUCAAGACCAUCGUCAAACAAGUUGGAGCUGACGUCGUUCUCUCAUCCGAGUCUGAAGCAGAGUUAGCCAAGAGACUCUGCCCUCGCGUCAUCCAAGUUGGGCCCAGCCUGCCUACUCGCCCAUCUCCCACUACCCAACGACUCAAGGGAUGCCAGCGACACCCCUCCCCUCACACCCCCAUGUUCGCCGUCUUCACCUCCGGAAGUACCGGUGUUCCCAAGGGCGUAUUGCUCUCACACAGGAACUUCGCCUCAGAGAUCCAGCACCACUCUCACCUUCUCGGCUUCCAAAAGAACUCGCGAGUCUUUGACUUUGCCUCUCACGCUUUUGACGCCGCUGUUCACAACGUUUUUGCCACCUUUGCCAAUGGAGCUUGUCUCUGUGUCCCAUCUGAGCAGGAUCGCAAGAACAACAUUGGUGGAAUCAUGGCGUCUAUGAGAGUCACAGUCGCUGACUUGACGCCUACGGUCGCGCGUCUGUUGGACCCAACUACUCUGCCUGACAUUGAGACCAUGAUUCUGGCUGGAGAGGCUGUGUCGGCUGAAGACGCUGCAAGAUGGUGGAGAGACUCGACUAGAGUCGUCAACGGAUACGGCCCGUCUGAAUGCACAGUCAUGAGCACCAUCAACGCCUACCCGACAAGCCCAGAGGAUGCCUCUAGCAUUGGUCCAGGCGCCGGCCACACCACUUGGGUCGUCGACCCCAACAACCACAACAUCCUCGUGGCACCUGGGUGCAUCGGCGAACUUCUCCUCGAAGGCCCUCUCGUUGGUCAAGGCUACCUCAAUGACCCCGCCAAGACUGCUGCUUCCUUCAUCGAAGAUCCCACUUGGCUACUAAAGGGAUGCUCCACCCGCCCUGGACGCCGAGGAAGACUGUACAAGUCUGGUGAUCUGGUCAAGUACAGAGAAGACGGCAGCUUCUGGUUCAUGGGCCGAAAAGACUCACAGGUCAAGAUCCGUGGUCAACGAAUCGAGCUGGAAGAAGUUGAGCGCCAGGUUCAGGCUUCGUGGCCCGGUGGCGACAUUUCGCAGAUUGCGGCCGAAGUCAUCAAGCCUCAAGGACAAGGAUCGAAGCCGAUGUUGGCUGCAUUCAUCGUAUCCAAGGAUCAUCAGGCAAGUGAUGGCAGUCCGCCUGAGAAGGCCGUCAAACCUGUUCCUGUUGCUCCAGAGAUUGAAGCGAGACUGGCUGAGCGUCUACCUGCGGCCAUGGUGCCAACCGUCUUUUUCUUCUACAUGCGCAGUCAUCUCCCUCAGACGGCGACUGGGAAGACUCAUCGCAAGCUUUUGAGAGAGAUCGGAUCUUCUUUCUCCUUCCAGCAUCUCGCUGAGGUUGCCAACCAAGUCCAAGACGAUGAGAGCGAGACCAAGGCCCGACGUCCACCAACAACACCACUUGAGUGCCAGAUGCAAGCAAUCUGGGCUCGAAUUCUGGGCAUCAACCCUGACCGCGUGGGUCUUGAUGACAGCUUCAUACGUCUUGGAGGUGAUUCGAUCGCUGCUAUGAAGGUUGUGGGAGAGGCGCGAAAGCACAGUGGUCUCGAUCUCAGCGUGGCUGAUCUCCUCCGUCGCCCGAAGCUUUGCGACGUCAUUGCAACCAUCACCAAAAACAAGACUACCGGAGCCGGCGGAAAGCUUCCUCGCGACGACGACGAACCGAUCCCUCACACCAAGUACGCAGGACCUGUCGACCAGUCCUACGCCCAAGGCCGUCUCUGGUUCCUCGAUCGCUUGUACCCAGGUCUUACCUGGUACCUGAUGCCUUUCACUGCUCGACUCAGAGGUGUUCUUCGUCUAGACGCCCUACACAUUGCACUCCAGGCCAUUGAGAACCGACAUGAAGCUCUUCGCACGACGUUCAUGUCUCGAGACAAUGUUGAUCUGCAAGAGGUCCAUCCUUUCGUUCCUCAAGACCUCAAAUUGGUUGAGCUGCCAAGGGGGGCCCAGGGUAAAGAGAGUCUUGAGCGCGCUCUACUCAAGGAACGCACCACGCCUCUUGAUCUAUCCACAGAGACCGGCUGGAGAGUCACGGUCUAUCGCCUAGGCCCAGAAGAGGACAACCACCACGUCCUGUCAAUCCUCAUGCACCACAUCAUCUCCGAUGGUUGGUCUCUUAACGUUCUCCGUCGAGAACUGGCCAUCUUCUACGCCGCCGCUGUCAAUGGUCUCGAUCCACUGAGCCAGGUCGACCCCCUCCCCAUUCAGUACCGUGACUACGCCUCUUGGCAGAAGCAGCGCUUCCAUCAAGAUGAGUACCAGCACCAACUUGACUACUGGGUCUCUCAGCUUCAGACCAGCCGUCCCGCGGAGUUCCUCUGUGACAAGCCCAGACCUUCUACUCUGUCUGGAGGUGCCGGUAUCCACGAGUUCACAAUCGCGAAUACCAUGUACGAUCGCCUGCAGAAGUUUUGCACUCAAGCUGAAGUUACACCCUUUGUAGUUUUGUUGGCAGCUUUUAGAGCGACGCAUUUCCGCCUCACGGGAGUGGACGACGCAACCAUCGGCACAGCAAACGCCAACAGAGACCGAUGGGAGCUUAAGGAACUCAUCGGUUUCUUUGUCAACCUUCAAUGUCUUCGGAUCAAGAUGGAACAAGGUAGCUCCUUUGAAGAUCUCGUGCAGCAAGUUCAAGAAACUGCAGCCGCGUCAUUCGACAACCAGCACGUACCCUUCGAGAAGAUUGUCUCUCAGCUCAACACCCCUAGAGACUUGUCUCGCCACCCACUCGUGCAAGUCAUCUUUGCGCUUCACUCUCGAGGAACUUCGGGGCCGCUCAAGCUGGGUGAUGGUCUUGAGUCGGAGAUGCUGGAUCCCAUCCCGACCUCGCGAUUCGACCUAGAGUUCCACAUCUUUGACGAUGGAGACUGCUUGACCGCCAACGUCGUCUAUUCCCAAGAUCUCUUCGAGACAGAGACCAUCAACUCUAUAGUGUCUGUCUUUAACAACCUCCUUGACCGGGCACUCAGCGAGCCUGAGACAGCCAUCGCGUCCUUGCCGUUGCUCACGGAAAUAGAUCGUCUCAAGCUGGAGUCCUGGGGUCUCACCAAGAUUGACAAGACCAAGUACCCUCGUGACUCAAGCAUCGUCGAUCUUUUCAAGGACCAAGUCGCUCGUCACCCCAACCGCGUGGCCGUCAAAGGCAACUCGUCUUCCCAGCUCACCUACACCGAGCUCGAUCGCAAAUCCGACACCCUUGCCCGCUGGCUCUUCAAACAACAACCCGCAUUUGCCCCAGAGUCAAUGAUUGGAGUCAUGGCUCAUCGAUCUUGCGAGGAGAUCAUCGCUCUCUUUGGCAUUCUCAAAGCCAACAUGGCCCAUCUUCCUCUCAACCAUAACACACCAACCGGUCGUGUCGAGACAAUCCUCUCAGCCAUUCAGGGUCCAAAGCGACUCCUUCUUCUCGGACAAGAGGUGAUACCCCCCGCCGUCAACUUGUACAACAUCGAAAUGGUUCGCAUCGCAGACACUCUUGAGGAAGAAGCACCGCGCUCUUGGUGGAAGCGAGCAGUCGUUCCAGCACUACCGAAGCCAACUCCAACAAGUCUCGCAUACGUCCUUUUUACCUCUGGCUCUACCGGCAAGCCCAAGGGCGUCAUGGUUGAGCAUCGCGGUGUAUCGCGACUCUGCAGGGACAACAAUAUCAUCCGUCACCUGCCAUCUUCUGGAGGAUUUGGUCACUUCCUCAAUAUUUCCUUCGACGGUUCCUCAUUGGAGGUCUACUUUGCCAUUCUCAACGGUCUCACCUUGGUCUGUGUCGACGAAAUCACCAUCCUCGAUGCGGUUGCGCUGCAAAAUGUUUUUGAGCGAGAGAACGUCAGAGCCGUCUUGUUCACCCCUGCCCUUCUGAAGCAGAUCCUCCGCGUGAAGCCUACGACACUCAGAACGCUGGACCUGCUAUGUGUCGGAGGAGAUCGUCUUGACCCUGCCGACUGUAUCAAGGCAUAUAAGCACGCUGCUCAAGGUGCCAAGGUUCUAAAUCUCUACGGCCCAACUGAGAACUCGGUUGUCAGUACCAUGUUCUGCUACGAGGGACAGGACGAGGGCUUUGCUACUGGAACUGCCCCCAUUGGUGAGCCUAUCAGCAACUCGGGCGCUCUGGUCAUGGACUCUCAGCAGCGCUUAGUGCCACUCGGAGUCAUGGGAGAGAUUGUUGUCACGGGAGACGGAGUGGCGAGAGGAUAUACUGAUCCCUCGAGAGAUGUCGAUCGCUUCAUCAGGUUGGAUGGAGGCAAGGGAGAGAGAGCGUACAGAACUGGAGACUAUGCCCGCUGGAGGCCAGUGGAUGGAAAGAUCGAGUUCAUGGGACGCAUGGAUGUACAAGUCAAGAUCCGAGGUCAUCGCGUGGAGCUCGGGGAGAUUGAACACGCAAUUCGUGGACAUGAAGCUGUCAACGAUGUCGUGGUUCUGGCCCACAGGGACGAGAAGAAUGGUGGUGAGCCUCGACUGGUGGGCUUCGUCACUCUUCAUGACGAGGUCCCUCCUUCGAAGGAGGAUGGAGAAGUGAAAGAGGUUGAGCACAAGGGCGGAGAAGAAGGAGAGACAAAGCAGCACGUGGAUGAGUGGAAAGAGUUCUUUGACGGAGACAAGUACUUGGCUAUGGAGAACGUGGAUCCAGCCAAGAUUGGACGAGACUUUAUCUCAUGGACUUCGAUGUACGACGGCACCGACAUCGACCAGGUCGAGAUGAACGAGUGGCUAGACGACACCAUCGCCACUAUCCGCAACGGAAACCCUCUCGGCCACGUGCUCGAGGUGGGAACUGGAUCUGGCAUGAUCUUCUUCAACAUUCUUGACGGACUCGAAAGUUACGUCGGGCUUGAUCCCUCGAGUCGAGCUGUUGAAUACGUCACCAAGGCAGCCAAGUCGAUCCCGUCGCUGGCCAACACCAAUGUCCGCAUCCACCAGGGCACAGCAGCUGAUGUCAAGAAGCUACCUCGACCUCUCCAACCUGAUAUGGUAGUCAUCAACUCUGUGGCACAGUACUUCCCCAGCGAAGAGUACCUCAAAGAGCUAGUCGAAGACCUCCUCGACAUCGAAACAGUCGAGACCAUUUACUUUGGAGACAUGCGAUCGUGGGCGUUGUACCAGCAAUUCGGCGUCAGCAAGGCACUUCAUCAACGCCGGGGCAAGAUCACCAAGGAUGAUCUCAGACGAAGCCUGCGUGACAUGGAAGAUGGAGAAAUGGAGUUCCUCGUCGAUCCUGGUUUCUUCACCGGACUGCAAGAUCGACUGCCUCAUCUCGUCGAGCACGUUGAGAUUGUACCAAAGAGGAUGAAGGCCACCAACGAGCUGAGCUGUUACCGAUACGCAGCAGUGAUCCACACCAAAAAGGCGCGACAAGUUGGUCAGCCUCAGACGAUUCACAUGAUUGAGGAGAACAAGUGGGUCGACUUUAAGGAACAUGGUCUCGACUCUUCUUCACUCCGUCAGCUGCUUCAUGACGCUUCCUCUUCGCGGGACCCGGUUGUAGCUGUCACCAGCAUCCCCUACGACAAGGUCUACUUGGAGAGUCUUGCAGUGCAGUCGCUCUCCAACGACGAAAACGAUGACAGCGACGACGUUGGCAUCAAAUGGCUCGAGCCGUUGCGUCGUGAGGCUCAGGCCUGUCCCUCACUGUCGCCCCUCGAACUGGCCCAACUCGCCGAGGCUGCUGGCUACAGAGUCGAAGUCAGCUGGGCCCGACAAUUCUCUCAACAUGGCGGCUUAGAUGCUGUAUUCCACCGACGAGACCAGCAUGACAAGCGUAGGGUUCUUUUCAGAUUCCCGACCGACCACCAAGGCCGACUUCCUCACAACCCACUCACGAGCAAACCUCUGCUCCAACAGGCAAAGCAGAACGUCCAUCAAGAGCUCGAGGCGAGACUACGAGCCAACCUUCCCACAUACAUGAUCCCCCAGACCAUCACCAUUCUUGAACGGAUGCCUCUCAACGCAAGCGGCAAAGUCGAUCGGGCUGCCUUGUCACUCAGCAUCACCUCCAAGACAAAGGCCCGCGCAGCCGGGGCAGCCCUUCGAAAGCCAACCACCGAGAUGGAGGUAACCAUGCGAAAGAUCUGGGCCCAAGUUCUGGACCUUGAUCCGGAGACGAUCGGCCUGGAUGACAAUUUCUUUGACAUUGGGGGUCACUCCAUCCUGGCUAUGAGAGCAGUCAGUGAGGCGAGAAAGGUCGACAUCGAGUUGACUGUGGCGGAUAUCUUCCGUAGCAGGUGUCUUGAAGACCUUGCUCGACGACAGGAGGAACUUGCUGAUGGACCGAAGACAGAGAAGGAGGAGGAGGAAGUCGAGCUUGUCGACGCAAACAACAAGUCCGCUCUUUUGAAGGAACUUGACUCUCUCAAAGCAAACCUCCACUCUACUGAAGUGGAGGAGAUCCUGCCUCUCACGAGCAUGCAAGAGCACUACGUCACAACCGGAGUCGCCUCUGGAGAAUACGCUCACUACUUCUACCUCGAUCUCGGAACAAACCCCGACGUCGCUCGCAUUGAGAAGGCUUGUCGUCUGACGCUUGAGAAGAUCCCCAUCCUUCGAGCCAGCUUCAUGCAGCUUCUUGGACAGCAUUGGCAGGUCAUCCCUCACGAUGUGCCAUCUCAUCUACAGACUGUCAAUGUCAUCCAUGUCAAUGGAGACUUGGAUCGAACCGCUGAUGAUUUCUGUCUGCGCAACUGGGACAGCAUCUCGGCAGCCGAGCCUCCUGCUCUAUUUACCCUCCUCAAACACCGAACUCAAGGCACGCGACUCGUUAUCCGUCUCUCUCACGCUCAGUACGAUGGUGUCUGCUUCCCUCCAAUUGUUCGGGCCCUCAUCGAGGGCUACACCACUGGAGACGUGACGCCUCCUCCCAGCUUCACCAAGUUCCUCUCCGGUGCAGCUCGUCAACGACCUCAGUCUUUGGAGUACUGGAGCCAUCUCCUCCGAGGAUCAUCUCUCACCACCAUUCUGCCGAGGCUGAAGCUCUCCAACUCGAGCCGUGCUCUUACGCCACCUCGACCCAUCGCAGCUGAGCUUGACGUUGCCUUGCCCAAGCGUCUCCCAAGCUCCGUCACUCCCGCCAUCGUGGCGAGUGCGGCUUGGUCAAUCCUUCUGUCUCAAAUCUCAGGCAAGCAGGACGUUGUCUUCGGCCACGUCGUCGCCGGUCGCAACUCAAGCAUCUCUCGAAUCGACGAGAUUGUCGGACCCUGUCUCAACCUUGUGCCGAUCCGAGCCACUCUCUCCAAGUCCCUCACAGCCAUCGAACUCCUCCAGUCCCUCCAAACUCAAUUCUUCUCUAUGGGAAGCGCGGACUCCGUGGGCUUCAAAGACAUCAUGCACGAGUCAACCAACUGGCCAGCAAACUCGGAUUUCGAAUCAGUGCUACAUCACGCCAACGUCGACGAGCAUCCCGAGUUUGACUUUGACGGAACAAAGACGAAGCUUCACUUCUUUACCAACCCGUGUCUGAACGUGUCGCGAUUGGCGUUGGCUUCAUACCCGACCAAGGGCGGCGAGUGUCUGCAGUUCCGACUUACAGGUAGCACGGACAAAUUGAGCGAUGUUCAGGCCAAGAUUUUGCUUGAUGCUCUUUGCAAGAUUAUUCGUGGAUUUGGGGAGAAUGCAAAUGUUCCUGUUUUGUCGUGGAUUGGCCAAGUCGGCCUCAAGUUCUAA